AUGUUGGAUCCGUCUUCCAGCGAGGAGGAAGGCGAUGAGGUGCAGGAGGUGGAGCGCAGGGAGGCGGCAGCCCCAAAGAGCACCGCAGGGGCGCGCCUGUCCCCGGGCCGAGCAGCGGAGACGCACAGCGGAGGUGGCGGUGUACUCCAGCCUCGGGGCCGCGGUAGCAGCGGUGGAGGGCGGCCCUCGAGCCCCAGCCCCUCUGUUGGCAGCGACAAAGAGAAAGAGGACCUGGAGAAGCUACAACGGGAGGAAGAGGAACGGAAGAAGAGGCUACAGCUCUACGUUUUCGUUAUGCGCUGCAUCGCGUACCCAUUUAAUGCCAAACAACCCACAGACAUGGCCCGCAGACAGCAGAAGAUCAACAAGCAGCAGCUGCAGACUGUGAAAGAGCGCUUCCAGGCGUUUCUCAGUGGAGACACUCAGAUUGUGGCCGAUGAAGCCUUCAUCAAUGCAGUGCAGAGUUACUAUGAGAUCUUCCUGAAGAGUGACCGUGUGUCCCGGAUGGUGCAGAGUGGGGGUUGUUCAGCCAGUGACUCCAGGGAGGUAUUCAAGAAGCACAUAGAGAAACGUGUUCGCAGCCUGCCGGAGAUUGAUGGUCUGAGCAAAGAGACAGUCCUGAGCUCGUGGAUGGCCAAGUUUGACACCAUCUACAGAGGAGAGGAGGACCCUCGCAAACACCAGCAACGCCUGACUGCCAGUGCCGCCUCGGAGCUCAUCCUCAGCAAAGACCAACUGUACGAAAUGUUCCAAUCAAUUCUGGGCAUCAAGAAGUUUGAGCACCAGCUAUUGUACAAUGCGUGUCAGCUGGACAACCCAGAUGAACAGGCAGCUCAGAUCAGGAGGGAGCUGGAUGGACGAUUGCAAAUGGCAGAUCAGAUUACACGGCAUGGUGGUAGGUUCCCCAGGUUCUGCUCCAGGGAGAUGGAGGCCAUGUUCAUUGAGGAGUUGCGGUCUUCUGUGAAUCUUCUCAUGGCCAACCUGGAGAGCAUGCCUGUGUCCAAGGGAGGGGACUUCAAACUGCAGAAGCUCAAGAGGGGGCACAACGCCUCCAUAAUGGACAUGGGCCAGGAGGACGAGAACACACUGUCCAAGUCUGAUGUGGUGCUGUCCUUCACAUUAGAGGUUGUUAUUAUGGAAGUCUUGGGGCUGAAGUCCUUGGCUCCAAAUCGGAUAGUUUACUGCACGAUGGAGGUGGAAGGGGGACACAAGCUGCAAACAGACCAGGCCGAGGCGUCCAAGCCCAUGUGGGGCACUCAAGGGGACUUCACCACCACACAGCCUUUACCAGCUGUCAAAGUAAAGUUAUUCACAGAGAGCACCGGAGUCUUGGCCCUGGAGGACAAGGAGCUGGGAAGGGUGGUGCUGCACCCCACUCCUAACAGCCCCAAACAGUCAGAGCUCCAUAAGAUGACUGUGUCCAAAGGCUGUCCGGACAGUGACCUGCGGAUCAGACUGGCUGUGCGCAUGGACAAGCCUCAGAACAUGAAGCACUGUGGAUACUUGUGGGCCAUUGGUAAAAAUGUAUGGAAGAGAUGGAAGAGACGCUUCUUUGUGCUGGUUCAGGUGAGCCAGUACACUUUUGCCAUGUGUAGCUAUAGAGAAAAGAAGGCGGAACCUGUCGAGUUACUCCAACUGGACGGCUACACAGUGGACUAUACUGACCCACAACCAGGUCUGGAUGGAGGCCGAACCUUCUUCAAUGCUGUAAAAGAGGGUGAAACUGUGAUCUUUGCCAGUGAUGACGAACAGGACCGGAUCCUAUGGGUGCAGGCCAUGUACCGGGCAACGGGCCAGUCACACAAACCAAUCCCUCCCACCCAAGUCCAGAAACUCAACUCAAAGGGGGGCACCGCUCCGCAAAUGGAUGCGCCAAUAUCUCAAUUCUAUGCUGACCGGGCGCAGAAACAUGGCAUGGAUGAGUUCAUUUCUGCCAAUCCCUGUAACUUCGACCACGCCUCGCUGUUCGAGUUGGUGCAGCGUCUCACUCUGGACCAUAGACUCAAUGACUCCUACUCAUGUUUGGGCUGGUUCAGUCCUGGGCAGGUGUUUGUUCUCGAUGAGUACUGUGCACGGUAUGGCGUGCGAGGCUGCCAUCGUCACCUGUGUUACCUGAGUGACCUGUUGGAGCGAGCCGAGAACGGAGCCAUGAUCGACCCCACCCUGCUCCACUACAGCUAUGCCUUCUGUGCCUCCCAUGUCCACGGAAACAGGCCUGACGGGAUUGGGACCGUAACAGUGGAGGAGAGGGACCGCUUUGAGGAGAUUAAAGAGAGGCUCCGAGUCCUGCUGGAGAACCAGAUCACACACUUCAGAUAUUGCUUUCCUUUUGGACGGCCGGAGGGAGCAUUGAAGGCCACUCUGUCCCUGCUUGAACGGGUAUUAAUGAAGGAUAUAGUGACACCAGUUCCUCAGGAGGAGGUGAAGGCCGUCAUCAGGAGGUGUCUGGAACAGGCUGCUCUGGUCAACUACCAGCGGCUGUCAGAGUACGCCAAACUGGAAGGGAAAAAGAGGGAAAUGUACGAGCAUCCUGUCUUCUGCUUGGCGUCUCAAGUGAUGGAUUUAACCAUUCAGAAUGUAGGGCGGUUAGUCACUCCUGCCAAAAAACUGGAGGACACCAUUCGUCUGGCUGAGCUGGUGAUUGAGGUGUUGCAGCAGAAUGAAGAGCACCAUGCUGAGGCCUUUGCCUGGUGGUCAGACCUGAUGGUGGAGCAUGCAGAGACCUUCUUGUGCCUGUACGCGGUGGACAUGGAUGCUGCCCUGGAGGUGCAGCCUCCCGACAGCUGGGACAGUUUCCCUCUCUUCCAGUUGCUCAAUGACUUCCUCAGAAUUGACUAUAAUCUGUGCAAUGGGAAGUUCCAUAAACACCUGCAGGACAUGUACGCCCCCCUGGUGGUGCGCUAUGUGGAUCUCAUGGAGUCGUCCAUCGCUCAGUCCAUCCACAGGGGCUUUGAGCGGGAGUCUUGGGAGCCGGUCAAUAAUGGCUCGGGCACCUCAGAAGACCUGUUUUGGAAGCUGGAUGCCCUACAGACGUUUAUCCGAGACCUGCACUGGCCGGAGGAGGAGUUUGGGAAACACCUGGAAACACGCCUCAAGCUCAUGUCCAGCGACAUGAUUGAGUCCUGUGUUAAGAGAACACGAGCAGCCUUUGAGGUGAAGCUGCAGAGGAGCAGUAGGACCACAGACUUCCGCGUGCCCCAGUCCAUCUGUACCAUGUUUAACGUGAUGGUGGACGCCCGGGUGCAGUCCGCUAAACUGUGUGCCAUGGAUCUGGGUCAGGAGAGACAAUACCAUUCUCAAAUCGACAAUCUGAUCGAGGAGACAGUGAGGGAGAUGACGACGCUGCUGGUGGCCAAGUUUGUUGUCAUCCUUGAAGGCGUCUUAGCCAAAAUCUCCAGAUAUGACGAAGGAACACUCUUCUCUUCUUUCCUAUCUUUCACAGUGAAAGCAGCCUCAAAGUAUGUGGAUGUUCCUAAGCCGGGGAUGGACGUGGCUGACGGUUACGUGACAUUUGUGCGACACUCCCAGGACAUGCUACGCGAGAAGGUCAAUGAGGAGGUGUACGUGGAGAGAUUAUUUGAUCAAUGGUACACCAGCACAAUGAACCUCAUCGGAACAUGGCUGACUGACAGAAUGGACCUGCAACUCCACGUCUACCAACUCAAGAUACUCAUCCGAAUUGUAAAGAAGAAGUACCGUGACUUCCGGCUGCAGGGCGUGCUGGACUCCACUCUCAACAGCAAGAUGUACGAAACCGUGAGGAACCGGCUCACACUGGAGGAAGCCACAGCCUCGGUGAGAGACGGAGGGAUGCAGGGGAUUUCUAUGAAGGACAGCGAUGAAGAGGACUAGAAUCACCAACCACCGAGCCGUACUUGAGCGACUAGCAACACCAACUUCAAAUGUGCUCACGCCAUUGAUUGAUCCUUUGUUUUAUUUAUUUUUUUGGUUUUUUUUGUUUUUUAUCCGUUAUGCCCAGAAUCUUAAUAGCCAAGAAGAAAUUUUGAUGUCAUUUUUGUAGUUUCAGUAUCAGAAAAUACAUGUGACAAUGUAAAACACGUUACCCAGAUGAGAUCGUAUAUAUGUCAAUCUAGGUUUAACAAAAAUCUGUCAAAAAUAAGGAGUGGCAACACUAUCAGAGCUGUCACUUUUUAAAUACUUGGUGAGACUUACCUCAUUUCAACUUAGUUUUUGGACAAUAUAUAAAAAGGUGGUCAGUUGUCUUCAUACAUCCACAGUCAUUAAUUAUGGUACUAUAGAUUUGGGCUUACUUGUAUAUGCAAAGUAGCAUAUUUUCUUCAGAUCACACAGGUUCAAUGAUGUCUAGUGGCCAAAAUGACAGAGAAGCGACUGUGCCAUCUUAUAAUGUUGAAAGUUGUGUACAUAUCAGAUCCUACAUGGAAAGAUAUGACCUAAUCCUCUAAUCUAAUAAUUUGUAUUUAAAACAUGUAGUGCUCAAUCUGUUUUCUGUAAUAGUUUAUCCAUUUGGCACAGUGAGCUGAAAUCGCUGUUGUUUUUUUUUCUGUUUAUGAUGAAAGUGGCUAUAUUAUGCAAUCCACACUUAAACAUAUCAGUAGUGGCAUUUUUUGUAAUCAUGUUUUUUUAAUUUUUUUUAUUAUAAUGACAUACAAUUACAAUGAUUUUCUACAGGUUCUCCAACACCGCUUUAAACUCAAAUAAAAUCAUAAUAUAGCCUCUUUUUAACAUUGCAUAUCUUCCUUUAAUAAUACCAAUACCAUGUAAUAAAUGAAAAAUAAAACUGAUAAUUCUUUACCUCCAAAAAAACACAAUGCUUUAUAUUCAGCAUGUACCCGAAAAUAACCAGGCUAAUACGACACCAUAAUAAUAAACAUGACAAUGGAGUCAACUGUUAAUGGGACCACAAAUCUCAACGCAAUAAGCAAUAUCAAUACGUCAAUAUUAAAAAGGCUACUGCUGUCUAUAAUGUGUGUCUUCAUCCAAUUAGCUGGACGUGAAAGCACCGAAAAGGAUUUGAUGAGAACAAGGUGGAUCAUGACGGUCCUCAAAAAGGUGAACGCAUAAAUUAAUACAAAAAACAAAUAAAUAAAUAAUGAACAUAUGUAUACAAUUUGGUGGAAAGGAAAGUAUUGGUAUUGGCCAUUUAAAGAGCAUGUGUUCUGUUUAACCCUGAUUCUGUUUUCUAAUAAUAACACAAGUAUGAUCAAAACGCAAUGUUCAUGAUAUUUUGGUACCAAUUUAUAAUAAGUACACCUUAAUUACUGUAAUUACCCUUAAAGAGAAUGAACAAAAACUUAAUUCAUAAUUCACAAAUAGUCUUUUAAGAAUGAUUCAAGCCUAGUACUUAAUUAUAACCUAACCCCAACUCCUUAAUUAAGUGUAGCUACUAAGCCUGAAUCACUAUUUGUUCAUGAAGUAUUAAGUAUUUGUUCAUGCUCUAUGUAAGUGUAGUUAUUAUAAUGUGUCGCUGAUAUUUUUUUAUUAGCCAAAUAUUUGUGGUGUAUUGAAUCUUGGAACUGUUGGAGUGGCUCUGAGCACAAUUCUUUGGCUGGUUGUGUUUGUAGAUUCAGUGUAAUGUUAAGUAGUUGUCCCCUGUAUUUAAUGAGAAAAGUUGAUCUAUGGUCUUAUAUGGUUUGUACAAAUGUUUGAAGAUUGUCAUUUUUAAUUGAUAAGAAGUAGCCUAGCAUUAGUCUCUAAGCAUGGCCACUUUCUCUAGAUAGCCAAGAUGAAAUUGCACUAUAAGUUUUUUUUCCAGAUUACUUCACUUUCAGUACUGCAAUAGCCACAUGGGGCUUUUGUUCUCUCUUAUGUAGCACAUUGUUAAAUAUGUUUCUCUACCAGGUCCAAACCUAAUUACGAAUGAUUUAUUGCAGAAUUAGCAUACAUCUUUUAUUUUCUGAAGAGACAUUUAAAGGCGCAUUACGCAACUUUCUGAUGGGAGGUCCGCCACCUGCUUGUCGCCGUGGAGAUGGUAUUACGUUGUCUGAAAUGUCGCAUUCAGUGUAUAUCUUGCAGGUGUUUUUGUUGCUAAAACCUACAUUCUUUAUCACUGUGAGCUGCUCGUCUCUACGGAGAUAGAUACGUUUAGGCAAAGCAGUAACAUCUCCAUGGAGACAAGCAGAUGGCAGACCCUCCGCCAGAAAAGUUGCAUAGUGCAGCAUUAACUCUAACCAGAAUAGCACAAUAAUAUUAGACAUAAACUCACUGAUAAUUCCAUUUUGAAGUCACGUCUGACUGAUUUCUUCCCGCACAAACCUCAAAUACAUCUAAAUAAAUUAUUGCAGUAAAUGGAUUCCACCUUAUCACUGUUACUACGAUAUCGUUACAUGUCAUUUGUCCUGUCUUUUUUAUGGGCAGUGGAUAUUUCGAUCAUUAAAAAGUCAAAUCAGGGCAUUGAAAUGACAUCUGUAGCAGACUCCUUCCAUCCCACCCCCAACAUGACUUCGUUAGCAGGCAGGACAGCGGCGGCACCGUGUUCGCUCACCGAUGCCGCUUUGUGCAAGUUCUUCCAUGAUGUCCUCGAGUAACCACUGCCAAAACUCUCCCCUCACCCUUUAUUUGGUUUUCACGUGUAGUUUGCCUUGGAUGGGGUGAUUUGCCUCCUGUUCCCCGUGGCCCUGGUGUACAGUCCACAUGUGUGUAUGGGGUGGGUGUGGAGGUUAGGGGGGGCCAGUCUAUGUGGUUCUUCUGUAUUUAGAGCUGUGAGCCGUACUGCAUGUCCAGGUAUUGUUGCUACAUGUGUACGUGACUGAUGGGUUCACCAUGCUUCUGCCUUCUGUCACCCGCCGAGGC